AUGAUUCCGCCCGACCCAACUUGGUUGCCUCCAGGUCACGAAAUAACAGAUAUAGAAUACUCAUGGUUAGAAGAUCAGGGGGUGACUAUUCCGUUUCUUGAGGCGAGAGUUCGUCCAGGAACAGUGACCGGAUCAGCAAUCACACAGGAGAUGGAGAACACUGUGAUCAAGAAGAGUAAUCUGGUUCAUACGACCAUAGAGAACUAUCAUCGGUCACAGGUCAGAAGACUUCAGAGAGCGGCCGCCUUGCAGCAAUCGGGCCAGACCAUUUCCACCCAAGCUCCGACAACAAGCCCAGCUGUGCAGCAGCCACAGAACGUUAGCCAAACCGGAACCUCAGCUCCUCCCACCCAUGACACUCAGCAUGUCGAGAGUGUGGAUCUCACCGGGACAGUUUCUCUAACUGGAGGGGAUUUGGCGAACAUUGAUCCCACCUUAUUGUCACUGGAUCCCGAGAGGGUUUCCCUUUCGACGUCGUCUAUUGAAGACAGGACAGGUCACCAACGCUCGGUCAGCGCCACGCAACCUCCACCGGGCGAUCUCCAAGACCAAGGUCACCGACGGAUAUCCAGUGCCCCAAAUGUCCCACAUGUUCCUCCCGGUCCUCCUGCUACACCUCACAAGAGGAAUAGGCAGCCCACUGCAGAGUCUGACACCACCCUUGGUCGGACCGGCGACGAAGAAGACGAUGAACUUUUAACACCUCCUCCCAGCACGACUAAACCAAAGUCAACCACGAACAAGCCUAACCCCAAAAGGCCUCGUCAAGAAAGGGCAGCCUCAGCUUUCGCAGCAAAUUAA